AUGGGAGCCCGAGCUCACCCCCCUGUGAAAAAAUCGAAGAAGGCCCAGGCGGGCAAAGCAACUCCGGCGCGACCCACUGUCGCACCACCACCUGUUCAAGCCCAACCUCAACCGCAAAUUCCAGAAACCUCCAUGCAGGAGGGGAGAACCGCUUCCGAGGAUACGGAACAGGAAGAACAAGAGAAAGCGGACGAGGAGAAGGGGGAAGAAGAGAAGGUGGACGAGGAAGAGGCUAAUGAAGGAGACGAAGUUGAGGCCGUUCAAGAGGAGGAGUUAAGGCCAGACCAGCACCGGCAGGCAGUAAGACCUGAACCGAAAAUUGCAAAGGAACAUGGAACUUCUCGCCCGAUUAGUGGUGAGAUUGUCAUGCUGACGGUCGAACUGAAGGAGAUUAAGGAUGAACUGCUGAUGUUGGGUGCAGAAGUGGCCACGCUGAGGGAUACCAUGGAGGAAGGAUUCAAAGCAAUGGAAGCUGGUUUUAAAGAAAUCAAGGAAAGGCUGAAUGCGGAGGCGAGAUCCUCCGACCAAAAUGACUAA